AGGAGGAGGAGGAGGAGGAGGAGAAGGAGGAGGAGGAGGAGGAGAAAGGGGGGAGAAGGAAGGAGAAGGAGAAGGAACAGGAGGAGGAGGAGGGGGAGGGGGAGGAGCAGGAGGAGGGGGGAGGAGGACAGGCCCGGCCGGCAUCGGACGGGCCGGGGUCGGCGCCGGCGUGCUGUUGCUGCCCUCCGAGCCACCGCGCGGACGCCCGAGCCCCUCCCACCACGAGGCGAACGCCUGCGGCUGGGAGACGUUGCCGCCCCCGCCCGCGGCGAGCUCCCCCCAGCUCAUGCAGUGGUGGACGAAGCAGCCGUCCGUGAAGGCGCCGCGCUCCUGCCCGCCGCCGGCCAGGGCCAGCUCCAGCCGCCACGCAACGCCCUCGCCGAGGGCGCGCAGGCCCUCCGGCAGCGCAGCGUCGCGGACGUUGGACGCGUCGAACCU